CAAAACUUGGAAACCAAACAGAGUAGGCAUUGCAGAAACAAAGAAAGAAAAAUGUCGUUCAAGCGCGGGAAAGGGAAGGACAAGGAGGAAGAAGACUUCAUCUCGGAGAACGCGCCUCCGAAGAAAGCAUCGAAGACUUCCGGUGGCGAAGAAGAAGAGGACGGCAGCAUCUUCAUCUGUGAAGUCUCAAAAAACCGUAGGGUUUCUGUCAGGAACUGGAAUGGAAAAGUGUUUGUUGAUAUCCGUGAGUUUUAUCUGAAAGAUGGGAAGCAAAUGCCUGGAAAGAAAGGUAUCUCGUUAAGCAUGGAUCAGUGGAAAGAACUUCGUGCUCAUGUGGAUGAAAUCGACAAGGCUCUUGCCUAGUAAAUGCUCGUAACAAGUAAGACUAAAAUGCUAGUAUUUAACCCGGAUGAUCUGAAAUGUGUAGUUUUUUAGAAUGUUUGUUCGUAUGUUUUACUCUUAUGCGACUUUGUGCGGUUUUCGUUUGAAUGGAGCCAUUGCAGUUUUCUGCUACUUGUUAUUUA